UUCAAAUACGCUUCGUUGUGGGCGAAUCUAGUAUUCCCCCUUUCUGGUCGCUUGCUUUUGUUUCUCCUACUCGACCCAAUUCAAUCCCUUCUGCCUUCCUGUUGCAUCUUUCUGCAUAUUAUUUUUCAGAAUUGUCUCCCAUUUAGUAAGAAGAAAUGAGUGGGACUGGAGAGAAGGUUUCAGCUACUACAAAAACUCCAGCUGAUUUUCUGAAAUCUAUUCGUGGUCGACCUGUUGUUGUCAAAUUGAAUUCUGGCGUUGACUACCGAGGUAUCCUUGCCUGUCUGGAUGGAUAUAUGAACAUAGCAAUGGAGCAAACUGAAGAAUAUGUCAAUGGGCAAUUGAAAAAUAAAUAUGGGGAUGCAUUUAUUCGCGGGAAUAAUGUGCUUUAUAUCAGCACAACAAAGAGGACAUUAGGUGAAGGGGCUUAGUAUCACAGAUGUUCUGAGGACACGAAUCUAUCAUAAUUAUGUUUUUCAUAUCAAAAUUUCUGUCGAUUGAGCUGUUGUGUAAUACAGAUUUAAAAGGGUUAGACCUCGAUAUUCUUUUGAAUACAUGUAUCCUAGUCUUGUUUGUAGCUUUUAAAUUAUUGAUGUAAAAGUAUGUAGGCCGGAAUUUGAUAGGCGCUUGGCAUUUGAAUUGCAGAUGGUUACUUGUACACAAACCCAACCCAAGCCUGAAUGAACAUCUUAAAACUUUCCUCG